UCGUAAUGGCAGACCAGCUCAAAUGACCAAAUGGCCUACUCUUGCUGCUAUUUUCUCUGUUUUUAUGAGGCCAUGGAGGGAUUUGGAAACCAAGGUGAAGAGUUUUGCUAUCAAAGUAUUGCAUCACCAGGAGAUAAUACAGAUCAGAAAGCAUCGAUGUGAAAUGUGAAUUGAAGUUUGUACAACUUAAGAAAUGGGCAGCAGUGUUUGGCUGAUUUUGACAUUGAGGUUGGAAGAUGAAAGGUUAGCUAGGAGUAUGUUGGAAUAGUCACAAUUUGUACCACAUCUUUCUUCUAAGCAAAGAAGACUUUAGAACCCUGGUAUCAUUUUAAUAUAUAAUCUUAUAUUAGAUGCCAAAGUUUGCAGAACCCAAUGUUCCAAUAAAUGUUACAUCAAAAGACAAUUUUUACCCAUGCUUCAUACUUUUCUGUUUCUGUCCAUGUACCAUUCAGGCUGUCAAAUGGUGUAAUCCUGACUGAUUAUUUAGGCUGAUUAAAUCCACAGGUGAAAUGGAGACAGAUGAACAAGAUGAUGAAUCCAGUCAAGAUCAAGAACUUCCUUCUGAGAAUGAGAAUAGCCAAUCAGAGGACUCAGUUGGGGGAGAUAAUGAAGAUUCUGAAAAUGGCAUCUGCACUGAAGACCCUUGUAAAGCCCAGCUGUUCCAGGGACAUAAAAAACAGCUCUUUACAUUCCAGUUCAAUAAUUUAGGAAAUACAGAUAUCAAUUAUGUCAAGGACGACAGGCAAAUCCGAUUUGAAGACAGCAGACAAAUCAGGCUUGACGAACGAACAUAUCUAGCAUUAGACUGGGAUCCUGAAAUUAAGAAGAGAUGCUUUGAUGACAAUGCAGCAGAGGAUUUUGAGAAGCAUGAAAGCAUGGAAUAUAGGCCACAGAAAAAAGUUUUUGUAAAGUUAAAAGAUUGUAUUGAACUUUUUACAACUAAAGAGAAGCUAGGUGCAGAGGACCCGUGGUACUGUCCAAACUGCAAGCAGCAUCAGCAAGCCACCAAAAAACUAGAUCUGUGGUCAUUGCCACCUGUGUUGGUGGUGCAUUUAAAGCGAUUUUCUUAUAGUCGUUAUUGGCGAGACAAGCUGGACACGCUGGUUGAUUUUCCUAUUAGUGAUUUAGAUAUGUCAGAAUUUCUUAUAAAUCCAAAUGCUGGUCGUUGUGAAUAUAAUUUGAUUGCUGUGUCAAAUCACUACGGUGGAAUGGGCGGAGGACAUUACACAGCCUUUGCCAAGAACAAAGAUGACAAUAAAUGGUACUAUUUUGAUGACACCAGUGUUUCAUCGGCAAUAGAAGACCAAAUAGUGUCCAAAGCAGCUUAUGUCCUCUUCUACCAGAGACAAGAUACAAUCAGUGGUACUGGCUAUUUUGCACACGAUCAUACUGCUAAGAAGGAAACUUCUGCAUCUUUAUGCGUCCAGCGGGAGAGUGACGAAGAUUGCAACGAGAACGAUGUAGAAAAUGAAAACUGCAUGCACACAAACUGACAACAGUGAUGUCAUGUCAAAACUCUCCCAUGCAGAUUCCUGCCCCCAGAUACUGGAAAGCUAGAAGCAUACCACAAAUAAAGAGCGAAACAUCAUCUGGAAAAGAGGUGCUACAUCAGCCCAAGCUAAAAGCCAUUUUGGAUUUUACAUGAUGAGAUAGACUUAAGUCAAUUACUUGAAGCUGAAGUGUAUUAGAAAAUCAACUAGAAGCUAAUUGUGGUAUAUGAUUCAUGAAAUCUACUUGUCUUACUGAUGUAUGCUCGUUCUUUACUCUAAAUAUAAGAAAUAAUUAAGUGGUUCCUCCUUCACUCCUCCAAAUCUUUUUGAAAAUGUGAUAGUUCAUCUCCCAAAAAAGUCAGUUAUUUUUGUAAGGAUUCUGUUCCAUGAGCUAAAGUAAGCAGCAAAGUGUGCAAUGUACAUGCCCUGCUCUAGCAAUGGCAAACAUGAGCACUUAAACAGAAUGUGUCACUAAUUCAGUGACAGCUCCUGCCAUACUUUGUCUGAACAAGCAUUGUAAGGCCCAUCAAAAUAGAGGACUAGUGACAAAACUGGCAAUUGAAAAUGCCAUGCAGUGACUUCCAAGUUCCCAUUGAUCAUCAUCAAUUAACCAGUGUUAUGGGUUACUGUUCCAGAUGAGCUAAGUGGAAUGGACCCAUGUUGUAGAAGUGAAUAAAGUUUGUGUGUGUGCUACCUAUGAACGUUUAUAAACUCUACUUUAACCCUUUGAGGACUGCAGUGGCAUUUCUGCACCAAAAUAAGGAAACAAAGGAAAUUACAAUUGUCCAUUCAAGAAGUCAACAGAUUUAGAAAUGCUCAGUUGUCCCUGUAUAUUUCUCAAUUCUAUUUUCCAAAUAAUUGUGAGGUGCAGCAUUAGAAAUGAACAGAAAGUCGUUUCUGCAGGUAUUCUGUGACAGAAAACGUAUUUUGUAAACUGCAAACGAGCUUGCAGUACUCAGGGUUAAAAAUAGAAUGUCAUAACAGAUUAAAUUGACGUGCUGGAUAAUUUUCAUUUGUUCAGCAAACUUUGUUUGCACUCUUUACUUUUGGUGUAUGGCCAGGGCCUAAUGUAACUAUCUUCGUAACUCUUAAGUUAUUAUAUUAAAACUAGGCUCAAAAGUUACAAUAUAGCAAUGAAUUAUAUUAUCAAAUUUAGUAGAACAAAUGAGCAAGUGGGUUAAUUUUGUUUUAAUUCCCUUUUGGAAUUCACCAUAGCCUUACAGCAUAUUAAAUUGUGUAUAGUAAUCAUUUGCAUGUUGCAGUAACAAUUGUAUAUAUUACUGGGUAAACAUCGAAUUUAUUAGUGAGCUGUACUUGAGGGGCCAGGAUGCCAACAGCUUGGAGUGGGAUUUUGAUUUUUUUUAUUUUUCUGAACUGCUGCUUUCCAUUUGAUGUAAGUCAAAAGAUGUGUUUUUUGGUUUCUUACUGCCAUCGGCAGAAGCUGCAUAAUGCUUAAGGAAUUGCUGUUCUCUGUGAAGUUGAUCGCUUUCGUGUCCCAAUGCCAAUAAAUGAAAUGAUGGUCUUUGCUUUUAAAUGAAAACGAAACAAAAACACAUUAAAAACUGAUUUGAAUGGUGUAUUGUAUAAAUAAGUUCACUCUGUGAGUGCACACUUGGUAAAUUAUUUUAUUGAGAUGUUAUAGUUAAAGAUCUAGAAACACUAUUGUAGACCAGGAUGAGUUAAGUAUGAGUCUAAAAUGGCUUUGCAGAGUAACUUGAUAUUAGUGCUGAUAAUUAUUGAUGUUUUAUUGUCUAUCUUUCCCCUUUUUUUUAUUUUAUUCUCCCUUUGCUUUGUAAAAUGGAAGUCGUGGACCUCCAGCAUGUCUGAGGUAAAUGUUUGACUGCACUUCAUUUCAUUUGAUUUUACAUUUGAAACUUGCAUGUUUGUUUAUAAAUUUACAAUAAAGUUAUGCAAGGCCUCA